UGGAAAGAGGAAACCCCCAACUGAAGGAUGACCUCAACCAUAGCCUGUGGCCAUGGCUAUGGGAAAUAGUCAUGAUUAGUGACUGCUGUGGAAGGGCCUGCCUACAUUGGGUGGCACCAUCCCCUAGUAGCUGAGCCUGAAACAAGCCAGUGAAUGAGCCACACUUCCAGACCAUGCUGAAGUCUAAAUUGAAUGUCCUAACACUCAAAAAGGAACCUAUACCAGCAGUCAUCUUCCAUGAGCCGGAAGCCAUUGAACUGUGCACCACAACACCACUGAUGAAGGCGAGGACUCAUAGUGGCUGCAAGGUCACCUAUCUGGGCAAAGUCUCUACCACAGGCAUGCAGUUCUUGUCCGGCUGCACUGAGAAGCCAGUCAUUGAGCUCUGGAAGAAACACACACUGGCCCGAGAAGAUGUUUUCCCAGCCAAUGCCCUCUUAGAGAUCCGUCCAUUCCAAGUGUGGCUUCAUCACCUUGACCACAAGGGCGAGGCGACGGUGCACAUGGAUACCUUCCAGGUGGCUCGCAUUGCCUACUGCACAGCUGACCACAACGUGAGCCCUAACAUCUUCGCCUGGGUGUACAGAGAGAUCAAUGAUGACCUGUCUUACCAGAUGGACUGCCAUGCCGUGCAAUGCGAGAGCAAGCUGGAGGCCAAGAAGCUGGCACACGCCAUGAUGGAGGCCUUCAAGAAGACUUUCCACAGUAUGAAGAGUGAUGGGAGGAUCCACAGGAGCAGCUCAUCCGAGGAGGCUUCCCAGGAAUUGGAAUCUGACGAUGGCUGAAGGAACUUAAGGUGUUUCAGAGAAGGCAGCAUUUGGGCAAUGAGUUUCAGAAGAUAGAUGCGUCUGCAAUGAUUCAAAUUUGGUAUGAAAAGACUGCCAGCUUAUGGCUGACCAUGCUUUUUAAAUUCAGAGGAGCAAUUCUAAAUCUAAAGAAAUGUAUCAUUUAAUUAUGUGACAUUGAAAUCUGCUGCUGCUGUGACCAUGAGGAGAGUGGGAGUGUGGAUGGGGAGGAAUGUUCCAGACUCUCGUCUCAUUCCCCCCCUCCUAUUCCAACACUUCCUGGUGGGAGAUCUCCACGCCUAUUUUCACCAUUCUCAGGCAAAUACUCUGUGGCUGUAGUUUGAAGGACGGUUCCAAUCUGCCUUAUGAAACCCAACAGGAAUGUUAGAGGCAUCUCUGUGACCCCC